UCGAACUUGACAUUAACUCAACUGUAAACUGCAUGUUUCUUUUGUUGAAGGUCCGCAGAAUAUUACAAUACGGAAUUGGCAGAAUUGAACCGUGCCGUAGGCUACAUUAAGCAAAGACAUGACCAGACCUGAUAGUUCGUUAUCAUGAAAUUAAGAUACUUGUGCAGGUCUAACUGAUUAAUUGGACAGCACCAGCAGCUCAAACUUAGAAAGUUAAAUUCCGAACAAUGUGAUGCCGGUGUUAACCAGCAGUAAAACAACCUCAAGAAGGAUCGCGUAUUGAAACUAAAAAAUGCAAAAUGCUACUAAAUAGUUAUUUUAUAGCUGGCAAGGUCUCAAGCGAUAUAAAACGAUGGACUUAUAACGUUUGAAGUUAAUGGACUAUGCUAUGUGAGUAUGACUUUCUUAUAAAUUGGAAGACCUAGGUUUAACAGCAUCAUGGGUUGGUCAGCAAAGGUCAUCGUCAGUGAUGUGAGAGAUAGUAUUUGUUUAAUUGCCUCCAUUAAUUCACGCCGAUCUCCCUGAUGCUCAUGUUUAUGCCAGUGAAAGGUGGAUCCUAAUCUCUGAGUCAACACCUCACAUCCCUUUCAUGAUCUUGCACAGUCUGGGACGCUGAUCUUCGACCGCCUCCUACAAUCGGCUCCACUCCCCAGCUGAUGCACUUGUGUUUUCAUUAGAUCAUCAUUAGGCAAAAAGACAUUAGCCUACACAAUGAAUGGCUACGGAUCUCCCUACCUCUACAUGGGGGGCCCCGUCUCCCAGCCAAGAGCGCCUCUUCAAAGGACUCCGAAGUGCGCCCGGUGCAGAAACCACGGGGUCCUUUCCUGGCUCAAGGGACAUAAACGUUAUUGUCGCUUUAAGGACUGUACCUGUGAAAAGUGCAUCCUAAUCAUUGAGCGGCAGCGAGUGAUGGCAGCUCAGGUUGCCCUAAGAAGGCAGCAGGCAAACGAGAGUUUAGAAAGUCUGAUUCCAGAGUCCUUGAGAACUUUACCGGGCCUCGCCUCGUCUGCCUCGGGAGACAGCAAGCAAGUUCCGCCGAGACCCGGGGAAGGUGUCAUGAGAUGGGCAUCAGAUCAGCCGGGCAGCAUUCAGCCAACAAAACCGGAUCUUAGUGAAGAGUGCUCAGGUGACCAGUCUGGAGGAGACAACGGAGAGAGCUACAGUGACAAAGAGCAAGAUCAAAUAAAUUCACCAGAUGUCUCCAAACCAAAGCCUUGCUACACCCCUGAAAGCCCUGAAGUGGUCCCAGUGCCAGAUGACAGUCGAUAUCCUUUACAAAUAAACACUAAUGGUACAGAAGCUACAGCAGAGAGCCCUCAACCCCACGGAGAACAACAUCUAGUGAUAGAAGGUCUGUCUGGAUCAGUCUCCCUCCCUUUCAAUUUGAAGGCCAACAGACCUCCACUUGAAGUGCUAAAGAAAAUAUUCCCGAGUCAUAAGCCUGCUGUUCUGGAGCUGAUCCUUAAGGGUUGUGGGGGUGACCUGGUUGGUGCCAUAGAGGUUCUCCUUUCCAGCAGGUCUGCGCUAAACUCUGAGAGAUCUCCCACCGAAGGACCUGAUUCUCUAGUUUUGCCUUCUAAUGGACAUUUGUUUGACCACACAUUGGGUUCCUAUCCAGUGUCGUCAUCCAAAUGGUCAGUGGGAUCCGCGUUUAGGGUUCCAGAUUCUCUAAGGUUUUCCACCGAGUCCAGUAACAUGGUGCCCAGUCCUUUAGCAAUGCCUCUGCAGCACCCGUUUCCCCAGGCUCCACGGUACCCGCUCAUGCUGAGGAAUUCAUUGACAAGAAGUCAAGCCAACCCAUUUGUCCACAAUGACUUGACCUUGUGGAAUACCAUGACCUUGCAGCAGCAAUACCAGCUGAGAUCUCAGUAUGUUUCCCCAUUCUCCAAUGCUUCCAGCAGUGUCUUCACAAGUUCUCCAGUCCUUCCAGCUCGUCCCUCGGGGGACCACAGGAUUACAAUUCAGGAGGAUGGUUGCCCAGUGGUUCCUAAGCAACUCAUAUAUACGGAGGAUGACUAUGAUGAAAGAUCAGACUCCUCAGACUCUAGAAUUUUAAACUCCUCAUCUUAAAUUGUAUUGAUCAACCUAAGUGUGAAGUACCAGAAUGUGCUACCAGAUAUGCCUUCACUGGCAUUUCAGUUAAAAAGGAAGACCUUUUUUGAGAAGAUCUUUUUAAAUACUGGUCUUUUUCUUGUGUCAGGACUGAGUUGAGGCCUAAGGUAACUACUUCCACUUUAAUCUAAGUGUUUGUAACAAAUAAUUGCCUUUUUUGACACUAAUAGUGGACACCUAUAGAAAGACAAAUACAAAAUUAUGUGUAUGGAUAUCUAUAUGUAUACCAAGCUGCAUGAAAUAAACUGAAUAUGUUCCCAGAAGUAGAAAUG